UCUUCUUCUUCCUGCACUCGCCAAACUCCCCGAGAAGACGACGACGAAGCAGAGGAGGAGGCGCCUCGCGAUCUGGCUGGCUAAGAAUGGCGGGAGGCGAGGCGGCAAUGUCGCCGCCUUCGAGCGGCGGGAAGCGCGGGAGGGAUCCGGAGGAGGACGUGUACGUGGACAACCUCCACUCCCACAAGCGCUACCUCAGCGAGAUAAUGGCGUCCAGUUUGAAUGGAUUGUCUGUGGGAGAUUCACUGGUUGACAAUAUCAUGGAGUCCCCUGCCAGGUCAGAGAAUGCAUCUUAUUUCAGGGAUGAAAUAAUAUCCCAAUACUCACCAAUGUCUGAAGACUCAGAUGACUACCGGUGCUAUGACACUCAAUUAAACCCUGGUGGGAGUCAAAGUGAUGCAAUGGUCAGCCCUUCAACCAGUCCAAUGUCAUCCCCUCACCGAUUCCAGAAACCACAAUCUGGUCUUUUAUCCGCAAACCCAUACCCUCUGCCGAGUUGCUCACUCUCGUCGGUUGUCUGCUCUAAUCCUCGCCGUAGCUCUGAAAAUGAAGGUCGGUUCCCAUCUUCGCCGAAUGAUAUGUGCCAUGGAGCUGACCUGAGGCGAACAGCGCUACUGAGGUCCGUGCAAAUGAGGGUUCAGGGACCACACGCAUAUGAACUGUCAUUCUGUGGCAGACAAGAGCAAGAACAAGAACAUGCUCACGACCACGAGGAUGAACAUCGGCAUGAACAUCUGGAGGGUUUGGAAGGGGCAGAAAGAUCAUCGUCGCUUAGGGAAACAAUCAGGGAAGCUGGUUACCAGAUGGCUGAAAACAGCUAUGGGCAACCAGAGCAUGAUAUAGGUUACAUUCAUGACUGUGAACAGCAUGAUUGCCUGAGUGACCUCAAGUUUAAGGAAGAGGAUAAUGAUCGUAGUAAACUAAGCAGCAGGGAUAAGAAUAGGUAGCAGAGGGCACACCAUGCCAUUUUCUAUAAACUGGGAUAUCCUGGCUCAUGUUUAUGGUAAUUCUGAUGGAUGUUCAAUCCACUGUAGCACCUAAGAUGAACAUCCAUUUUGCGAAAUCCUGAAAUUGUAGCCUGGAGUAAAAUUAACCCCUGAAACGCUGUAUUGUAGUGCGGUUUGAUUCUGUCUGCUCAACCUGAAAAUUGUAUGAAUUGAUUCAUCAUUCUGUGGUAGCCUUGCCGCUUAGGAUCAUGCACCAAUGGAGCUAAUUGUUUUAGAUGAAAGAUCUCUACCUGAAGCAUGGUUGCUGAGAGUGAGUGCAAUGAUAUUACACGAGUAUAAGAAUUAAUGUAAGAUUUGUGCUUAGAAGAAGAGGAGAGACUUGGAUAGAGGGAGAAGAGGAGAGAAAAUCAAAGCGGGCAAUAGAGCUCGCUCAACUUCAGCAUGGAAGGAUGGGUCAGGUAUUGUAUCAGUGGAAGCUUAGGCUGAUUAGCUAUGCUACGACCUUGCUCCGAGGAUGCAGAUGCA